AUGCCUUCUUUGGCUUCACAACAUCCAUCCCAUGUUUUGCCGGAAAGGAGAUACCUAUCGUUCCGCGAUUGGGUGGAAAAUGAAGCUACAACGGACGAUGAGACAGGCUUUUCAACACCCGAAGCCGCCCUUGCCGAGGCCUGCAUGAGAACGAGAGUUUGGGAAGCCGGCCAACCUGGUCAAUUACUAAGUAAAGAACGCUGUUCCCGUUACAUGCCUGAUCCUGCGGAAGAACCCCCUCUCCAGUACUCCCAUCAAGACCACCUUGUCGCUCAUGCCUUGUACUUCAAGAAAUUACUCGAUAAGGAACAUAAGCAGCAUCGACAUCUAGCAAAGCUAUUCGCUCAAUGGUGCGCGGAAGUGUGGAGGAAGCGACACAAGCAUCCAGAAGAUAUAUUAAGGGAACAGCAGGAAGAAAUCCGCCAGAAACGGAAACAACUUGUUAAGGAUUUGCAGCGUCAGUUUGAUGCGGUUCGCGCGGAAGUAGAGAAAACCCGCUUGGCCCGAUGGGAGGAGCAAAGAAAGGCAGAGGAUCAACUUGCAUUGAACAAAGCUAUCAAGCAGUCCACGCUCUUGUUUGAGAUGAGGAGACCGGAUAGACCGGAUGAUUCCCUACACGAGGAGAGCCAGCCAGAUACUGAAACGGGUUCGGAGACAGAUGAAUCUAGCAAUGAUGGAACAGAAGAUGAAAGUAAUAUGUCGACGACAUCUGAGAGCGAGGGGGAUGAUGAUGAUAUUAACCAUGAUGAAGGCUUGACGGCAGAGGAACUUCGUAUGAAGUAUGCGCAUAUUACUUCGAGUAACUUUGAAGUGGAUGUCAAAUCGAACCGCUCCUCGCGAGAUUUCUCGAUGUCUAUCAGUGAUGUCUCUCCUGACCUGAAAUCCAAGAUCGAAGUGGACUGCACGUUUUCACUGCCUGCAAGUGAUACAGGUAACCGUGAUGCAGACCUGGAUGAAGUUGAUUCGGUACUAUUGGAUGAUAGCGACGAAGAGUCGACGGAAAUGGAGGAUGACAUGGGUGACAGUGACGAAGAUGAGGCUAGUAGUAGCGACGAAGAAGGUCCUGGUUUAAUGGGAUUUUUUGCCACAAAAAUGGAAAAGGUUGACCAGGGAAAUAAUUCCCACAACCAGGAUCUUGUCGAAACAGGUGGAGAAGACGGAGAUGACGAAGACGAGGUCCUCCUUGUUCCCAAUAGGACAAACGAGCAGGAUGGUCAAGAAUAUCAACUUUCCCCCGACGAAUCGGCAGAAUACCGCCAACCAGGCCAAAAAUUACUGAUACACCAGCCCACUCGACAUGAUGACAAUGUUAACAGCGAGCCAAAAUCUCAAAUUUCUAACAACCUUCGCCCGAGUAGAGAUACCAGCAGUGAGCCUUCGCCAGAAACAGCUACAACAAAGCGUUCAGAGGUUGAAUCGGUUUCUUCAUACGAGCCUUCGUACGAACCAAAGCAAAACAACCUUGACGAGAGUCAGAUUGAUAAUUCAGCUUCUCAACCAUCUCCCCCCAUCAAAACACCUAUCCCACAUCUUUUACGGGGGACGUUACGUGAAUAUCAACAUUUUGGUUUGGAUUGGCUAGCGGGCCUGUAUGCCAGCAAUAUCAAUGGCAUUCUUGCGGACGAAAUGGGUCUUGGAAAAACUAUUCAAACCAUAGCGCUCUUGGCGCACUUGGCCGUCGAGCACGAGGUAUGGGGGCCUCAUCUCGUGGUUGUUCCGACUAGCGUAAUGCUCAACUGGGAAAUGGAAUUCAAAAAGUGGUGUCCUGGGUUCAAAAUCCUCACAUAUUAUGGCUCACAAGAAGAGAGAAGGCAAAAGCGCAAGGGUUGGAUGGAUGACGACCGCUGGCAUGAUCAGCAAACGUUCAAGAGACGAAAUUGGCAUUACAUGGUCUUGGACGAAGCCCACAAUAUCAAAAACUUCCGAUCCCAACGAUGGCAAACACUCCUCACGUUUAAAACUAAAGCAAGACUCUUGUUAACUGGCACGCCCCUGCAAAAUAACCUGACCGAACUAUGGUCUCUUCUCUUCUUCCUCAUGCCAUCUGACGGCGGUGACACCGGUGUUGAAGGAUUUGCUGACCUUCGAAACUUCUCCGAAUGGUUUCGGCGACCAGUUGAGCAAAUUCUCGAACACGGGAGGGAAACAAUGGAUGAUGAAGCAAAAAAAGUGGUUACGAAAUUGCACACUGUUCUACGCCCUUACAUUUUACGCCGUCUCAAAUUACGAAAAGUCUGUAAUCACCCUGAUCUUUUCGAGACGCGACCGAUAACGACUUCAUUUUCGAUGACGAGGUCUGCGAUAGCGGAUUUUGAAAUCAAAGAGUUAUUUGUCCGACGCCGCCUGCUAAGAGAGGACCUAUUGAGCAAAUUAGAUUUAGACUUCUUGAACUUAGUUCCCAUAUCAAGAGAAAAUACGUCGAAGAGGCUUGUGGACGAUACCUCACGAAUCAUGGCCUUUGGUCCUCUUAAAGCACUACGUGAGCGCCAAUAUAAUCGCACUAACUGGCGUAUGGAAUUUGAUGGAUCUUCAGUCCAGUCUGUGCUAACGUCAAUGGAGAACUCAUCUCGAAAAAGGAGGAUGCAAGAGCUAGAACGGUGUCUGUACUUUGAGUCGAAGCGACACGGACAACGACCUGUGUAUGGGGAGAGCCUAAUCGACUUCAUUACAGUAAAUAUUGGCAUCCAAUCAAAAUCCCAACGUUUACCUCCACGCCGUUCACUUAUUGACUGGUUUUCGCACCAAUCUCCCACCAUAGCGUCAAUGAUCUUAUCAAUAAAUGAAAGGUCCCUUGCGAUGGAGAACAUUAUACAGAAGUUUGCAUUUGUCACUCCUGCGGUGGUUGCGUCGGAUGUCACUGCCGCGGCCUUAACACCGAUGGAGUCCCGAUAUUUCAAUAAAGCGCUAAGGGUUCCGAAUUAUGACCCGUUUCAUGAGGCACAGAUGCGCCUGUCAAUCGCGUUCCCAGAUAAACGGCUCUUGCAGUAUGAUUGCGGAAAACUUCAGCAGCUUGACAAGCUUCUGAGGAAGCUACAAUCAGGUGGCCAUCGUGCUUUGAUUUUCACGCAAAUGACAAAAAUGCUUGAUAUCCUGGAACAGUUUCUCAAUAUACAUGGCCACCGAUACCUUCGCCUCGAUGGUGCUACCAAAGUGGAGCAGCGACAGAUGUUGACCGAACGUUUCAAUAAUGAUACGCGAAUUCUGGCUUUCAUUCUUUCUAGCAGGUCAGAUAGGUGUCAUCGCAUUGGUCAGACUCGUGACGUUCACAUUUAUCGCUUUAUUUCUGAAUACACAAUCGAAUCCAAUAUUCUACGCAAGGCCAAUCAGAAACGUAUGCUCGACGAUGUUAUUAUUCAAGAAGGCGAAUUCACGACUGACUACUUUCAGAAGUUGGAUGUGCGGGGCAUGCUAACUGAUGCUGUCGUGGAUGGGCAUGAUGAAGCGAGUGCCGCUAUGGACCGCGUUCUUGAUACCAAAGUUGUCGGAACACCUCGGGCCUUCGAACAGGCAGAGGAUAAAGAAGAUAUCGAUGCUGCAAAGAACGCAGAGAAGGAGUUGGAACACGCAGACGAUGGCGACUUCGAGGAGGGUAGCGUACCACACACCCCAGGCCAGCCCGGACCCAGCCAAGUUGGAACACCCAUGGCAACAGAAGUUGAAGAGUAUGAACCAUCCGUUACUCAUGUAGGAAACGCCAAUACUCCCGCACACCUAGGAUCGCCGUCAGCUCAGGUUGCACAAGAUAAAGAACCGGAAUCCGGUCACAUUGAUGAUUACCUUUUACGUUUUAUGGAAUGGAACCUGAAGGACGAACCCUUGGUUCUGCCACCAGACAAGAGGAAGGGGAAGACGAGAAGAGGACAAGAGCAUCGAAUCAAAAGGCAUAGAUGA